AUGGCGGAUCAAAAAGAAUUCUGGGCCCAGGAUCUUAAUCGAUUAUGCGCUUUCUAUUUUGUGGUCUGUCAAUUUGCUGUGGAUUACCUGCAACUUGGACUUUCGGUGAAUCGCGUGGCCGGCGUUGUAGCUGGGGGAAAAUACCUGAAGCUAACUUCCAAAAAUCCUGUCGCACAGGCGAUGCUCUUUAUCUCCAUUCCGUUCCAGCAACUAUACAGACCCUUAUAUUACCAGUCGCUCGUGUUCGACAAGUACGAGCACAAUCUGUACCGUGGCAGCAUGUCCUCGGCCAUCAACAUCGGAUUCGUCCUCGGGAAACUUCUUUGGAACAAGGCGGCGGAAUGGAAUGAGCUGACGUUGAUGCGUCACCUGAAGCUACUUGUGGCGGCUGUUGCCCUCGCUGCAGAUGGCGUCACGUUGAUGAUGCUGCGGAAGCUCUUGAUCUUUUUCAACAACUUUUUCACCUUCUUGGUUUGCUUGGCGACAGCUGAAUACCUGUACCUUAUUGACAAUGCUAUUGACAUGAUUUUGAAGACGGCAUUUUCGAACCCACGCGACGAAUACCGUGCAAAAUUGAUUAGAUCGUCCUUCGGUAGCCAAGUCACUGGAAAUUGGCUUAUCAUCGCGUCGAGUCUGUACUUUCCAACUUUCGGAAACCUCGUCGCUGGG